ACUACUUUCUCUUCAUCCACGUUGUGAAUUUUCAAGAAGUGAACUAUGACAAUAUAUCAAUUUUUACUACCAUUUCUACUCUGGGUGUGCCUGCCACAUUUCUGUUCUCCAGAGAUAAUGUUCAGAAGGACUCCUGUGCCUCAGCAGAGAAUAUUAGGUCCACGCGUACCUAGAAGUGAUGGCAAAAUUCUGCACCGUCAAAAACGUGGUUGGAUGUGGAAUCAAUUUUUCUUACUGGAGGAAUAUACGGGAUCUGAUUAUCAGUAUGUAGGCAAGCUUCAUUCAGACCAAGAUAAAGGAGAUGGAUCACUCAAGUAUAUUUUAUCUGGAGAUGGAGCUGGUACUCUUUUUAUUAUUGAUGAAAAAACAGGUGACAUUCAUGCCACACGAAGAAUUGAUAGGGAAGAAAAGGCCUUUUAUACUCUACGUGCACAAGCUAUUAACAGAAGAACUUUGAGGCCAGUGGAACCAGAGUCUGAGUUUGUGAUAAAAAUCCAUGAUAUCAAUGACAAUGAGCCAACAUUCCCGGAGGAAAUUUAUACAGCUAGUGUUCCUGAAAUGUCUGUUGUAGGUACUUCUGUGGUGCAAGUCACAGCCACCGAUGCCGAUGACCCUUCCUACGGGAACAGUGCCAGAGUCAUUUACAGCAUUCUCCAGGGGCAGCCAUAUUUCUCUGUGGAGCCUGAAACAGGCAUCAUCCGGACUGCUUUACCGAACAUGAACAGAGAAAACAGGGAGCAGUACCAAGUGGUGAUCCAGGCCAAGGACAUGGGCGGCCAGAUGGGAGGGCUGUCGGGGACCACCACCGUGAACAUCACGCUCACUGACGUCAAUGACAACCCGCCGCGCUUCCCCCAGAGCACCAUUCAUCUUCAAGUAGUUGAAUCCUCCCCAGUUGGCACAGCCAUUGGAAGCGUGAAAGCCACGGAUGCCGACACUGGAAAAAAUGCCGAAGUCCAGUACCGAAUUAUUGAUGGCGAUGGGACUGACAUGUUUGACAUCAUAACUGAGAAAGACACACAGGAAGGCAUCAUAACUGUGAAAAAGCCGCUCGACUAUGAGAGCCGAAGACUUUACACUCUGAAGAUCGAGGCAGAAAACACCCACUUGGAUCCGCGUUUUUACUACUUGGGACCCUUUAAAGACACUGCCAUUGUGAAAAUCUCUGUAGGAGACGUAGAUGAGCCUCCUGUUUUCAGCAGGUCCUCCUACCUGUUUGAGGUGCACGAAGAUAUUGAAGUGGGCACGAUUAUUGGAACUGUAAUGGCGAGAGACCCAGAUUCUACUUCUAGCCCCAUUAGAUUUUCCUUGGAUCGCCAUACUGACCUUGACAGAAUCUUUAAUAUACAUUCUGGAAAUGGAUCCCUGUAUAUAUCAAAGCCACUUGACCGUGAACUCUCUCAGUGGCACAAUCUGACUGUCAUCGCUGCUGAAAUCAACAAUCCGAAAGAGAUGACUCGUGUGGCUGUUUUUGUGAGAAUUUUGGAUGUCAAUGACAAUGCCCCACAAUUUGCUGUGUUCUAUGACACUUUUGUAUGUGAAAAUGCCAGACCAGGACAGCUAAUACAGACUAUAAGUGCAGUAGACAAAGAUGAUCCUUUAGGUGGACAGAAAUUUUUCUUCAGUUUAGCUGCCGUCAAUCCAAACUUCACAGUACAAGACAAUGAAGAUAAUACUGCCAGAAUUUUAACCAGAAAAAAUGGAUUCAACAGACAUGAAAUCAGUAGCUACCUGCUGCCCGUGGUGAUAUCGGACAACGACUACCCGAUCCAGAGCAGCACCGGCACGCUGAGCAUCCGCGUGUGCGCCUGCGACAGCGAGGGCAACAUGCAGUCGUGCAGCGCCGAGGCCCUGCUCCUCCCCGCCGGCCUCAGCACCGGCGCCCUGGUCGCCAUCCUUCUCUGCAUCAUUAUCCUGCUGGUUAUAGUAGUCCUGUUUGCAGCUCUGAAAAGACAGCGAAAAAAAGAGCCCCUGAUCCUGUCCAAAGAGGACAUCCGAGACAACAUCGUGAGCUACAACGACGAGGGCGGCGGCGAGGAGGACACGCAGGCCUUCGACAUCGGCACCCUGCGGAACCCUGCGGCCAUCGAGGACAAGAAGCUGCGGCGAGACAUUAUGCCGGAAACUUUAUUUAUACCCCGGAGGACUCCCACGGCUCCAGACAACACAGAUGUCCGGGAUUUCAUCAACGAAAGGCUGAAGGAGCACGACCUGGACCCCACCGCGCCUCCCUACGACUCCCUGGCCACCUACGCCUACGAAGGGAACGACUCCAUCGCGGAAUCGCUGAGUUCGCUGGAGUCGGGCACGACCGACGGGGACCAAAACUAUGAUUACCUCCGGGAGUGGGGCCCGCGGUUCAACAAGCUGGCCGAGAUGUAUGGUGGCGGGGACAGUGACAAAGACUCCUAA